UAACCUGGGCCUCCUCUGUGUUCAAAUCGAAAGUAAACUGGAGACUUGAUUCUGACGAAAUUAAAGUGUUUCGAAGACUUUAGAACCGCCUUACAUAUCACACUUCAGGUUUGUCAUUAUGGAGAACAGAUCUUCAUCUGCUGAUCACAGCUGUGUGUCUCUGAAGAGUGACAGAUCCAUGAGUGAGUCUGCUGAAUUCAGCCAUGAACCAGUGACCUCUGACCCCAGGUCCUCAAACCUCAGAUCUUCUGGGCUCAAUAUUCACCCUCUGCUGAAGUGUCAGUCUUGUGUUCAUAUCGCUGAUCCAGAAAAGUGGGUUCAGAUUGAGCCGUCGCUCUGCACAGAUGAAGGGGUGUCAAAGUUCAGGGUAAGCACUCAGCCAGGCCGUUACGAGUGUGUCAGUACCAGGAUGAGAUGGGUCUGUGAUGGGGACGUCACUCUUCAGUAUCACACCGUAGACGGACGGUUCCUCAACACAGAAAUGAAGAGGCUACAGUGCAACCGAAUCGCUCCAGUGAUGGACGUGACAGUGAUCUCAGGGAAACUGGAGGAAGUUCAUCUGCCACAUUAUGCCUGUUUAGGAGAGUCUGAAGCUUCCCUCAGAGAUGCUGUGAAAGUCCUCAGUGUAGAAGAUGGAGGAAUAACCAUGGAACCUGUUCAGUUGACCCGAUUCCAUGCCAAGAUAGUCCAACCAUCCUUCUCUAUUAAAACAUUAAUUAUAAGACGGAUAAUGCGAUGGUAUGAACACUGCGAUCUUCUUCUCUACAUGCGCUCUAAAGCUCCUUUUAUCCUACAUGUCUACUUGUUUCCUUUUGAUUCUCGUGCAAAAGAAGUUGUUGAGAAGAUUGAAAAAUCAAGUUAUCUAAUCUCGCAUCCCAGACCUGACAGACCGUUUCGGAUGAAAACUCCAAACAUUCUUGAUGUUCCUGGUGCCAAUGUUCAUCCCAAAGAAGGGAUUACACUCAGGAGAGAAAUGGACCCUAACUUCUUCAAGAUCAAGGCACAGCUGGAGAACGAUGUUCAAAUGACUCUUAUCAGAGAGGAGGACAAGAAGAUUGUCUGGACUGCAACAGUCCAAAAAGAACUUGUUCAGAUUCAUCCACAGAGAGAUGAGUCACCUCUAAAAAGUGAGGCAGAUAAAGCAAGAUAUUUUGAUAACCACUGGCCAGAUCUGAUUCAGAGAGUUAAAAAUGUCCAGAUCGUUGCAGAUAAACUGCUUCAGCAGAAAAUAAUUAAUGAAGAACAAUAUUCAGAAAUCACAAAGAGUUUAACCCAUCAGGACAGCAUGAGAAACAUCUGUAACGUUAUACGUAAACACACUGAUGCUGUGAAAGCUGAACUCAUUUCAAUUCUUCAGAAAGAGAAGCUUUUCCACUUUUAAACAUGGGGCUGAUUCUACAUUUAGAGCUCAAGGAGCAUUUUUUAAAACUGUUUCAAAACAGCAACCUCAGAACAAAGGCUCUUCCUCUAGAUGAUACAAUAAAAUAAAUGGCUUAUCAAAAUAUACUUGGUCAGCAUACUUGUUUUUGUGAUUAUGUGAUUGUAACAUUACAAAUAAAUCAAAUUUUUUGUGU